UCUGCGCAAGCGCGCUGGCGCCUACGCAAUUCGGUCGUCUUGCGCAACUCUAGGGCUGCGGGCCGCGGGCCGCUUCUGCUUCCGGGUCACGGCUUGACAGCGGCUUCUCGGACCGAGCUGUGCCCCGCGGUUCGUUUGGAGCAUGUGGACAUACUCUGAGCCUUGAUGAGUUCCAGUAUGUGGUACAUUAUGCAGAGCAUUCAGAGCAAAUACUCCCUCUCAGAACGCCUGAUCCGAACAAUCGCUGCCAUCCGCUCCUUCCCACAUGACAACGUAGAGGAUCUCAUCAGAGGGGGAGCAGAUGUGAACUGCACCCACGGCACACUGAAGCCCCUGCACUGCGCCUGCAUGGUGUCAGAUGCGGACUGUGUGGAGUUACUCCUAGAAAAGGGAGCAGAGGUCAAUGCUCUGGAUGGUUACAACCGAACAGCCCUCCACUAUGCUGCAGAGAAAGAUGAGGCUUGUGUGGAGGUCCUGUUGGAAUAUGGUGCAAACCCCAAUGCACUGGAUGGCAACAGAGACACCCCGCUUCACUGGGCAGCCUUUAAGAACAAUCAUGAAUGUGUACGCACUCUCCUAGAGAGUGGAGCCUCUGUCAAUGCCCUGGAUUACAACAACGAUACACCACUCAGUUGGGCUGCCAUGAAGGGAAAUCUUGAGAGUGUCAGCAUCCUUCUUGAAUAUGGUGCUGAGGUCAAAGUCAUCAACUUGAAAGGCCAGACACCCAUCUCCCGCCUGGUGGCUCUGCUAGUUAGAGGACUUGGAACAAAGAAAGAAGACUCCUGCUUUGAGCUCCUCCAUAGAGCUGUUGGACACUUUGAAUUAAGGAAAAAUGGCACCAUGCCAAGAGAAGUGACCAAAGACCAGCAGCUAUGUGAAAAACUGACUGUAUUGUGCUCAGCACCAGGAACUCUUAAGACACUUGCCCGCUAUGCUGUACGCCAUAGCCUAGGUCCUCUCUACCUGCCCAAUGCGGUGAAAGGUCUUCCACUGCCAGCUUCUUUGAAGGACUACCUAUUACUCAUAGAAUAGCCUGGAGGAGACAUGUCCGCCAUCAUGCAGACAACUCUGGGUGAGGUCCUUGCCAUCCUGUCUCUUUCUCAUGGAACACAGAAGAGAGCCUGUUCCUGCCAUGUGGUUUAUGGGUUUUUGAGGCAGCACAUCACAGCAGUAAUGUGUGCACCGUCUCCCCUCCUCAUACCAAGCAACCAAACCCAAAAUAACAAACUUCCUGAACUUCUGUUUGCUGUUUUAUUGUUUAGUUGCUUCUUGAUAGUGAGCCCUGCAAAAGAGGUCUCCGUACCCCUUGUAGGACCUUGAGAGUCAACACUAAAUUUCCUAGGAAGAUGUAAAGUACCCAGAGAAUGGUUUUCCUUUGGGGCCCUGGUUUAGCAUUGUGAAGGAGUUUCUCCUAAAAAUUUUUAGUUGAUCUGAAAAAAUCACAAUUCUAAUGGACAAGAAUUAUGUUCCAAGGAUGAAUGCUUGAACUUCAGAUGAUGUAAACUCAGAAUUGGGCAUUCAGAAAGAACUGGCUUUUUUCUCUUCACCAAAAGAAAUAAUUCUUUGCCUUUUUCUAUAGUUAGUUGUGCCUGAGUGCUAGUCAUCUAGCGGUAUCAUUUCACAGAAAUACCUUGAUGCUCCCCACAAGAAAAGAUACGGAGUCUCAGCAGUCCCAGGAUUGCCAGACCAUUCUUCAGUGGGGCUCUUUGUCCCCGAGACUCCUCUGCACUAAUGGGCUGAGCAUGAGUUUCCUGCACUUAGAUGAGGGUGUUUCUUUAGCCAGACAGGACAGAGGCACUGCCUUCUGGUGGAGCUUCGUUGUUUUUUGGUUUUUUGUUUGUUUGUUUGUUUUCCCUUUCCCUCUUGGAACUUUUGCUUUUUAUUGAGCUAUAGAAAAUGGUAGGGAAAGUGGAACUGGGAACAGAAUAUAAAAUGGGCUUCUUUGGAAUUGGCCUGCCUACCCAAAAAGGACCUGUUUCAGUGAACAAUAUUCUUCCUUUUCAUGUUCUUAAACUAGAUGAAGUUGAUACUGACCUUAAGUUAUCUGUAUGCAAGUUUGGAAAGCACUUUUUAAAAAGCUGGCUGGAACUACCCCCAGAUGAAUAGGGCAGUCUGGCACAGCUAACUUGAAACACUAUGCCUGCUUUUGUCCUUCCCUGUUGCCGGGGUUUGCCCAUUUGAAAAAGAAUAAAUAAAUAAUUCUAGAAGCAAA